AUGAGCCGGUCAAGACUCAUGGGCAAGAUCAGGAAACGUCUGGAAGAUGUCAAGAGCCAGUGGAUCCGGCCAGGAAGGGCCGACUUCAGCGACAACGAGAGCGUCCGGCUGGCUACAGAUGCCCUCCUGGACGGGGGUCCCGAGGCUUACCGGCGGGCGCUCUACCAAGAGGGCGAGGUGGACUUCCUGUCCUCGGUGGAGGCCCAGUACAUCCAGGCCUGGGCCAAGGAGCCCCACUGUGCCUCCGAUGCUACCGCAGGCGCCACCGAGGUCGGGCCCAAGGCCCUAGACACCAGCUCCCUCCAGUCAGGUACCUACUUUCCCGUGGCCUCGGAGGGCAGUGAACCGGCCCUGCUGCACACGUGGGCCGCAGCCGAGAAGCCCUACCUGCAGGAGAAGUCCACCGCCACUGUUUAUUUCCAGACGGACAAGCACAACAACCUCAGGGACCUCGUGCGCCGCUGCAUCGCCAGGAGCAGCCAGGUCCUGGCCAUCCUGAUGGACGUGUUCACUGACGUGGAGAUCUUCUGUGACCUCCUGGAGGCGGCCAACAAGCGCAGGGUGUUUGUCUGCGUGCUCCUGGACCAGGCAGGUGUGGCGCUGUUCCAGGAAAUGUGUGACAAACUCCAGAUCUCUGAUGGUCACCUCAAGAACAUGUCUGUCCGGAGUGUGACGGGAGAGGUGUACUGUGCCAAAUCAGGCAGGAAAUUCGCCGGCCAAGUCCAGGAGAAGUUCAUCAUCUCCGACUGGAGGUUGGUCCUGUCUGGCUCCUACAGCUUCACCUGGCUCUGUGGACACGUGCACCGGAACAUCCUGUCCAAGUUCACUGGCCAGGCGGUGGAGCCAUUCGACGAGGAGUUCCGCCAUCUCUACGCCUCCUCCAAGCCUGUGAUGGGUCCUAAGUCACCCAGGCUGGCGGCCCUGGUACAGACUCGAGUUGGCACCAGCCCUCCCCACGGGGGCCUCAGCAGCAGCAGCAGCAGCAGCAACAGCUCGGCCAGUGAUCGCUCUGCCUCCAACGCCUUCAGCAGCCCCUCAACCAGCAGUAAUCCCCAGAAUCAGAACCUGUCCCCUGGGCCCUGCAGUCCUGGGGUCCCACAGCCAGCACCACCUCCCAGGGCUCAGCCCUACCACAGCCCCUGGGCAGCCCUGCUCUGUCCCAGGCCGCCUGCUCUCUACAGCAACUUCAAUGUCUACAGGCCCACACGGCUGCAGCUGGAGCAGCUAGGCCUGGUGCCUGCCAGGGGGGCCCACACCUGGAGGCCCUUUCUGCAGGCCACACCCUACUUCUGA